GUCUGUCGCUCUCUCUCAUAAACUUAGUUUUUGUUACCAAUAGAAAGUUACUAGUCAUGUAAUAAUUUUUCCACCCGCUUUAUUCAUGUGUGUUUACACAAAUGUAUAAGGUUGUGUCACAACAUCCUGCAGAUCGAGGGAUCGGACCAAUUCCUGGCUAUGUUGUUUCACCUUAUCCUUAUCCCAAUGGGGCUUCUGUUCCAGCUAGUUUGCAUUCCUAUAGUUUGAAUGAGAAACGGGAUGAUGUUGCCUCUAAGGAUUUGAACAAUGAUUACGGGGGUAAGAUGUCAAUGGUCCAGCCGCCACUGGCCAGCCUCAUGAUGUAUAAUAAUGAUUACAGUCAACCUCCUCCAGCUCAUAUGGGAAUUCCACCUGUACAUAUCGAUCCAAAAACAGGUAAACAAUCUACUACUUUUUUUUUUAUUAAUCAUAAAGCAAUGCUUUAUCAUUCUUCUUACUUUUCUCACUGAUGUAUAUUUGUUGGCACUCCGUCGCUUACAACGUCGAGGGUUUCCAGUUGAUCCGAUCAACAGAACAGCCUGCUCGUGAAAUUGACAUGCAAAUGGCUGGGCACUCCACAGACACGUGUACCCUUAACGUAGUUCUCGGGGAUAUUUAGCGUGACACAGUGUGACAAGGCUGACCCUUUGAAUUACAGGCACAACAAAAACAGCAAGUAAGAGUGAGAGAAAGAUGUGGUGAAAGAGUACAGCAGGGUUCGCCACCAUCCCCUGCCGGAGCCUCAUGGAG